AUGGCGGUCUCUUCCGAAGCUCCAACAAAAUCCUCAAUUCGAGUAACCCAUGAAGAAAAUCGUUCUACUGCCAAUGCAGCCGCGCAGCACAUCAUCAAGCCAUUCGCGUCUCUAAUUCUGAGACCAGGUGCCGACGAGCUCGCGGGAUCCCCUCGAUUGACGCCAAACAAACACGCCGAACGAGUUUGCACGAUAAAAGAAUCGCAGACUGCAGAUACAUGGAUCUAUACUUUCGAGAAUUCGCAGGAUCCGAAAGUACAGGCUGCAGCAGAACACAGAUUAUACUAUUUUGCAGGAGGGGGUUUUCGGGGCGUACCUGCGAAGGAGCAUUGGAUGUUCUGUACUGAGCUUUGCAUGAAGCUACCAGAGUACGAGAUCAACCUCGUCAGCUAUCCACUGUCACCGAAUUCUCCUGCUUUGAAAUCUCUCCCACAUCUUGAGCUACUCUAUCGAGCGCUUGCCCAACAGUCAAUCGACGAGAACUUUCGAAUAACAUUGAUGGGAGACUCUUCUGGUGGAAACAUCGCGUUGGUGCUGGGGCUUUAUGCAGCAGCUGAACAUCUGAAGGCUCCUUCGACUGGGCCAUGUCCCGUCGAGACCGUCAUGGCAAUGUCUCCGGCGACAGACCUGCGGAACGAGAAUCCAGAUAUCGAUGUUGUUGAUCCUCAUGAUCCGAUUCUCAGCCGAAAGCUCAUCGAGGAAGUAGCACAUGGAUGGAAAGGCGAGUUGCCAUUGUCUGAUCCUAGGAUCUCUCCUAUACUGGCCGACUUGACUCUGUUUCGAAAAGCAGGUAUCAAGGUCGAUGGGGUGACGGCAGGAAACGAUGUCCUGACUCCAGAUGCCAUCCUUUUUCGAAAGAAGCUCGACGAAUGUGGUGUAGAGGGAGAUUGGUUGGAGUGGGAGAAACAGAUGCAUUGUUUUCCCUUGCUGUCCGCAUUCCAUGUGCGCGAAGGAACUGCUGGAAAAGACUGGAUUGUGGAUGUUCUCAGAGCAAAUCUGAACUCCGCAGCAAAUGCUUCCAAAUCAUCUGGAGCACCUUGA